CCGCCCUCCUGCAUCAAUAGAACACUCGCGGUGCGAUUCAUUCAGAUAAAGCGGAAUUAGUGAAGCAUCGGAUCCGAGUUGUUCCUUUAUCUCAUUAUUAAGCUAAUUAUGCGUAUUACACAAAAAGCACUGGCAAUUUUUAUGGUGGUCUUACCACUCAUGGUUAUACUCAAGCUCCACUGGACCUCAUCGACCAUCGCAACAAUUGAUGUGCUACAACGACAAGACUCAUUAAAAGAGCUACUAGAGAGAAGAGUACAACAAAUGGAACAUGGAAAUGACAAUAUUCCUUACCACAUUAAAGACCGCAUCUCAAGGAGCCUUGCCAUUAAUGGAUGUGUUUGUGAAGGUGAUAAACCAGGCAUAAAUUUCCCAUUUGCUCAUCUACUGUUCCCUCAAGUAUCGGCUACCCAGCUACGCAGUACCGUUCAAGACUCAGACCAGGAAAGGGCACAGAAAUACAAUAAAAAAGAGUACCACAGCUUCCGUAAGAGGACUUAUACAGCUGCAGACUUACUUAUCCUAGCAGAGGCCAACAACCCUCUUCAGUACCCUACCCAGGGUGUGGAGGUCAGACCAAAAAGGACAAUUCUAAUCCCUGGUUUGAGUCUGAAGGACUAUUCCAAGAAGAGCCAUUAUUUGAAUCAAUUGCAGGUUAAUCUUAGUGCUACAAUGGGAACAUUCGAUACAGCUGCAUUGGUGGAUGGAGUGCAAAUCAAAUUGGAUGGAGAGAUGCAAAUUAGUUUUGUGAGCAGAUCACUGGCCGCACUGAACAGACAGCUACAGUUUGUUACCUACACAAACACACAGUUCCACCCCAACACAGCAGAUAUAGUACAACUGAAUACUGUCGGAUUCCAGGCAUCCUUCACCAUUAGAAUCAGACAUCCACCAAUGCCCAAGUUCUAUAAUCCUGGACCCCAAAAGGAAUACAAUGUAAACACUCUGGUCACUGUAGCCACAAAGACAUUUCUACGCUACGAUAAACUUCAAGAUUUAAUCAACAGCAUUCGACAGUUCUACCCAACUAUAACUAUAGUGAUCGCAGAUGACACCAAAGACCCUAAACCUAUGACCGGACCCUACAUAGAACAUUAUCUCAUGCCCUUUGGCAAGGGCUGGUUUGCUGGCCGCAACCUGGCAGUCUCUCAGGUGACAACCAAAUAUGUGCUUUGGGUGGACGAUGACUUCAUUUUUACCUCUAAAACAAAGCUGGAAAAAAUGGUGGAUAUUUUGGAGAGAACAACUUUGGACCUGGUCGGAGGUGCCGUCAGGGAAGUGACAGGAUACACUGCCACCUAUCGACAUACCAUAUCCACAGAUGCAGGUGACGAGGAGGGAGAUUGCUUGCAUAUAAGGACGGGAUACCACCAUGUUAUCGAGGGAUUUCCCAAUUGUGUGGUUGCAGAUGGUGUCAUUAAUUUCUUUAUGGCUCGCACAGAGAAGAUGAGACAAGUUGGCUUCGACCCUCGUCUGUCUCGGGUUGGCCAUUUAGCAUUUUUCAUAGAUGGGCUUGACUCUCUGUAUGUGGGCUCCUGUGAUGAUGUUAUUAUCAAUCAUGCAUCAAAGAUCAAAGUCAUGUUGCCAUGGGGACAGUCUGAUAUUGACAAAGUCUAUUCCAAGUUCCGCCAUCCCACCUCACAAGAGAAUAGUGUGAAUGAAUAUGAUCUUUUCUAUCGCAAGAACCAUUUUAAAUGUGUCACUAGCAACUAAAUGUGGAAUGUC